CUGAUCCUUUCCCCCACGCGGCCUUAUCCCAUCCUCAUCCCGCCCGCCAGGCUACCUCACACAGCCUCCCUGCCCCACAGCCCCGCCUCAGCCCGCCCACCUAAGCGCCAGAUGAAUCAAGGCAACCAAGGCAUAUUUCACCAACAAAAUGCCUAACACAGGAAUGAAUUUCGCUCAGUCACAGCUGGAGAAAUAUGGAUGGAGUGAAGGGCCUCCUCAGUCUGGCACCAAGUUUACACAUCAUUAGAAGUGGGAGAUUAUAAUGCUUGGUGAGGUUAAAGUGCACCUAGUGUCCAGCUAUAGCUAACUUCCAGCUGAAGAAUCAUUUUACUAAAUAAAUAUGUAAAGGGUUGGGUCGGGAGGAGGGAGGCAUCACCGAGGCUAUCAAGCCCAAGCUGAAGUUUAACAGUACAGGCCUGGGCUAUGACAUGGGUGAGCAGUUCAAGUUCCACUGGUGGGACCACGUGUUCAACAAGGCAGCCGACAGUAUUACAGUCAAAAAAAAUCAGAAUGGUUCUGUAGAGGUCAAACUUAAAGAAAGCUUGGAGAUGAGCACCAAGAGGCCAUCAACAAACAGCACCAAGUCCAAGUUUUAUGGAGGCUUUGUGAAGGGAGGAACUCUGGUGGGACAAUCUGAAACACCUAAAUCAGACAGCAGUGAGGAGGAGGAGGAACAAGAGGACAAAUCUCUAAGGCUGUCAGAUGAGCAGCUGUUCAAGCUUUGUAAAGGACGCACUGCUCACAAGGGAGCUCGCCACGGACUGAACAUGACAGCCAAGCUUGCCCGAGUGAGGGAGCAAGAACUGCUGCUGCUGCAGGAGUGGGGUACAGCAGAUCCACAAAUGCAACAAGACAAAGAAGAAGUGCAGACAAAGAAGAAGAAAAAGAAAUCCAACAAGAACAAAGAUGUGCAAGACAUAACUCAUGCUGACAGAUCAGAACCAAAGAACUGUGUUGAACAUACAAAGAAACAGAAAAGUAAAAGAAAGAAAGAUGAAGGAAAGGAUGAGUGUGUAUCAGUAGAGGACAAACAAGAGGCUUAUGAAUCAAAUCCAUUAAAAAAGAAAAAGAAAAAACACAAGACUGAAGUGACUGAUUCAUGCAUUGCCGAAGUCUGUGUCACCACCACAAAACAAAAGAAAAAAAAGAAAAAGAAAAAAGAAUGUAAUGAGUAACUAGUUUGCCAUACAUUUUAAGAAAAAUGUCUUUUCCUUUAAAUUAAAUGGUCUAAAACCUAA